CUUUCACUAAAUUUAUAUUUAUUUUUAAAUUGAAGUAUAACUGUGAUUUAACAUGGUAUCAGUUUUAGGUAUGUAACCUGAUGACUUGCUGUCUAUAUGUAUUAUGAAAUGAUCACCGGGAGUUUAGUAACUUCUAUCACCACACAUGGUCACGGUUUUUUUCCUCAUGGUGAGAACUUUUUUUUCAUUGAGGUAACAUUGGUUUCCAAUGCGUGUAUGAUUCUGAGGCUUUGAUCACACCUUCUCAGGUACCUGUCACCACAAUGCAUUCACCUCCACCGCAGUCCAGUGAGCCCCUCCCUCCCCACCGUGGCUUCCCUCUCCCCCUCUUGUAGCCUCAGUUCCACACUCAGAUUUCUAGGGUGAGUUGUUGGUUUGGUUUUGGCUGGCCAUUUGUUUUAUUUCUCUGUAUUCCACAUAUAAGUGAAAUUAUCUGGUAUUUGUGUUUGUCCUGGCUUAUUUUGCUUAGCAUUAUGUGAUGAGAACUUUUAAAAAAAAUUAUAUACAUAUAUACACACACACACACACACACACACACAUAUCAUUGUUCAUGUUUGUGCAAUGUCUGCUUUCUUUUCCCAGGUGUAGUCCCCAUAAAAUUCCUACCACCCUUCACCCGUGAACCAUGUGAUGAGGACUUUUAAGAUUAUUCUCAGCAACUUUCAAAUACACAGUACAGUAUUAUUAACUAUAAUCACUGUGCUAUAGAUUAUAUCCUUAAGACUUAAUAAUCUCAUAUCUGGAAGUUUUACCUUUAUCCACCUUCACCCAUUUUGCCCAACCUCUCCCUCCCUCUGGCAACCAUCAAUCUGUUAUCCGUAUCUAUGAGUUCUGUUGUUCAGAGUCCACAUGUGAGUGAUAGUGUACAAUAUUUUUCUUUCUCUGUCUGGCUUAUUUCACUUAGCAUAAUGCUCUCAAGGUCUUAUCAUGUUGUUCCAAAUGUCAGAAUUUCCUUCUUUGUGGCUGAAUAAUUUUCCGUUAUAUAUACCACAACUUCUUUAUCGAUUCAUCCAUGACAAAACCUUCUCUUUAAAACAAGGGUGACCCUCCCUUGACCCAAGUAAGAACCGUCUAGUCCUCUCCACGGUUACCUCCUUAACAACCACACUCUGCCUCCAGGACCAUGUCACCCUCCUUAGCUACAUUCUCUUCUCCAGUUCUGCGCCGCCCCAAACUCAAGUUCUGGUCACCUCAGAGGUAAGUGAGGUGUUCAGUGUCAGUGUUCAUUCUACAAGAAGUGGCCCUGCUUAUAUUUGGGUCUGACUCCUCAAGGCUCUGUCGUAUCUGCACAGGGAAGCCCCUCUGGCAGGUAUGUGGACCAAGGUUUGGAGGAGCCAAGGCAGGAAACAGCACUGAUCCCAGGGCAAGCGCAGUGCUCAGAACAAGGGGACACAAAGCUUUCUAUUGGCAAACUUCAGACUUCCUCUUAUUGGGUGGGCCUGAUGUUUCUUCUCCAGUUAAUUUGUUUGUUCCCCCUUUUCCAUCCUGGGUUACUGGGGCCACUCCUCAUCCUUCUCUCACUCUGUGUUCUCCAGUGCUUCCCUCCUCACUGGUCCAGAUAUUUUGGUCUGGAGUUCAUUGUAAAGCACAUUGGAAUUCCUGAAACAGCCCUGCUUCCACUCCUGGGAGAACUCUCCAACAAAUUUUACAGACUUACUGGAUGAAGAGUGGCUGAGAGGCUGACGGUCAGCAUUUCCUAAGAUGGAGAAGACAGAUGCCAAAGACCAGUCUUCUCAGGGGGAUGAAGAGAAAGAUCCUCCAAAGAGCCACCCUUACUCCGUGGAGACCCCAUAUGGCUUUCAUUUAGACCUGGACUUCCUCAAGUAUGUGGACGACAUCGAGAAAGGGAACACCAUCAGAAGGAUCCCUAUCCACAGAAGGGCCAAGCAGGCCAAGUUUAGCACUUUGCCCCGAAACUUCAGCCUUCCUGACAGUGGGGCUCACCCCCAUGCUGCUUUUCCCCACCAAAACUGGUCGCCGUUGGCACCAAGGAAGGUGUUACUCAGGACAGAGGAGAGAGCCCAGUCUCUGCCGCUUGGUGAUGCCCCCCAAGCGUGUGCUGGUGGUAGUGAGAUGAGCUACCACAGGAAGGCCUUGCUGGCAGAGACUGCCAAACAAUUAGAGGUUGCCGUUCCCGGGAACACUGAACUCACCUCUGGGAGUGGACGACCCCAACUUUUAAGAGCAUCCAGCAUGCCAGCCACACUGCUGCAAAACAGGGCCUCAGAGGACACGAGCUUCCACUACAAUCCCCCCACACUCCCUCCACUUCAGGGUGAAGGCAGUGUCUGUGAUGGCGCCUUUGGUCCUGCGGAAGGAUUUGUAGGUCUUCACAGCCCCUCCUCACGAGCAUCAGUCCAGCCAAAAGUCAGAGAGUUUGGAGACCUGGUGCCAGGGAUUCCAGAGCUGGUCCAGGAGGGGGCUGAGCCUCCAGAGAGUACAGAAGAGGUUCCAAAUCAGUUUUCUCUCCCAGGUCCUCCCUUCUCAUCUCAGAGUGCACUUGUAGUUCUAGAGGAUGCAGAAGACAAAUUCAAUAUUAGAGAAGCAGAAGUGGUGGUCACCCCUGGCUCCCCAUCACUGAGCCCCCCACCUCUGCCAUCACCCAUCCCGGAAAAUGAGCUGGAAGAAAUUGAGCUCAACAUCAGUGAGAUCCCACCCCCACCACCUAUAGAGGUAGAUGUGAGAAGCAUUGACACCCAGGUCUCAGAGGAAAACCUGGGCCUUAGCAGGAUGGACCCCAGAAGCAUCUCCAGUCUGAAACAGCAGCUCUUGGACCUUGAGGGCAAGUUGUCCGGAAGAACUGAGGAACUGGCCCGGGUCAGAACUGCCCUCCAGCAGCAGCAGGAGGAAAUCAAGUCUAGAGAGCAGAGGAUUCGAGAGCUAGAGUGCACCAUUUCUCAACUGGCAGCAAAACUCGGCCACGAGAACACCAAAGAUGCCCAGGGCCAAACAGAUGCCGUGGUCAACACUGGCCCUCUCCAUGGCAUCUUGACCAGGGAGUCAUGUGACAAGAGCAUUGGGGUCAAUCUUCUGGGAAGCACAGGAUUGGGAAGCUGGAGGGCCAGAGGAGAGGAGAAUGGCCUCCUGUGGGGGCAGGACAGUCAUAAAGGAGGAGAUCAGAGCCCUGCAGAACUCAUACUGCCACCCCAGCUGUCACUGCCACAGGGACCCGACAUGGUCCUCACCUCCUCUUUGCACCGCUGCUUCUCCACUGAGCUCAGGAUCGAGGAAGCAGGCUCUGAGCAGGAGGAAGGCCCUCUGGGGGGAGCUGAGGCUCUGGCCAGAGAAGCAGGAGACUCUUCAUGGAGGGACAGCAGAAAGACCCCUCCCCCAGGGAAGGAGGAGGGCUGUUCAGACAGCCCAGGGGAGAGUCCAGGAAAGCCACCGAGCUCACCCACAGAUGCCACUAUUGGGCAUUAUGUUAAAAAGAUCCAGGAGCUACUGCAGGAACAGUGGAGCUGCCUGGAGCAUGGGUACCCCGAGCUGGCUAGCGCCAUCAAGCAGCCUGCCUCCAAGCUCAGCAGCAUCCAGAGCCAGUUGCUGAGCUCCCUCAACCUGCUGCUGUCUGCUUACUCAGCCCAAGCUUCACCCCAGAAGGAGGCCUCGGUUCCCUCUUCCUCCCCACCGAUGGAGAUCUCCCCGUCGACCAGCCUUAAGUCCAUAAUGAAAAAGAAAGACUAUGGCUUCCGUGCAGGAGGUAAUGGGACCAAAAAGAACCUUCAGUUUGUUGGGGUUAACGGUGGCUACGAGACCACCUCAAGUGAGGAGACCAGUGGUGAGGACAGCUCCCCUGAAGACUUGUCUGACAGUGAGGCUGAGAAGAAGUGUGAUGGCCCAGAACACAGGCCGGGCAAGGAUGGCCACCCCAGCUGCCAGGAGGGGCAGGGCCUCCCCAAGGGCACCAGCAGUGCAGGCCCGGAAAGUGGACCAAGAGAAGAACUUCCCCUCCCCAAGGCCGAGAGAUAUAAACCCUCUGAAGAAUUUCUUCACGCAUGCCAGGCCCUUAGCCAACAGCUGCCAGACACCGGGAGCACCACUGACCAACUCUUGAGGCAAAGCUUGAAUACCAUCAGCCAAGAGUGGUUCCGAGUCUCCAGCCGGAAGUCAUCCAGCCCUGCCGUGGUGGCCGCCUACCUCCGUGGGGUUCAGCCUUACUCCCCACACUUCCUAAAGCUGCUCGUCAACUUGGCUGAUGGCAAUGGGAACACAGCCCUUCACUACAGUGUGUCCCACUCCAACUUCUCCAUCGUGAAGCUUCUGCUGGAGACAGGUGUCUGCGGUGUGGACCAUCAAAAUAAAGCUGGCUAUACCCCCGUGAUGAUCACUCCCUUGGCUUCUGCGGAGACUGAUGAAGACAUGGCUGUUGUCUGGAGGCUCUUACGAGAAGGAAACGUGAACAUCCAAGCUACUCAGGGAGGCCAGACUGCGCUGAUGCUGGGAGUUAGCCACGACCGGGAGGACAUGGUCCAAGCACUACUGAGCUGCCAGGCAGAUGUCAACCUGCAAGACCAUGAUGGAUCUUCGGCCCUCAUGCUGGCCUGUCACCAUGGCAAUGCCGACAUGGUGAGGCUGCUUCUGGCACAUCCAGCCUGUGACAGCAGCCUAAUUGACAAGGCUGGUCAAACAGCUUUGUCCAUCGUUCUGAAAUCACCCGCCCAUGUGGAAAUUGCCGGGCUUCUGCGGGCCCACGCAGAGCAGGGCAGGUCCCUGGAGUCAUAGGGGCGGUGGAAGAACUGGCAGCUUGGAACAAAAGGCUCCUUCUCUGGACUCCUCCUCGCCCUUGGAGAGGGCAUGGGUCAAACCAAGAAGGCCACCCCUCCAGAGAAGAAACUAUGUCAAAUAUGCACAUACAUUCCUGUUGUAUAAUUCUGCUCAUUAGGAAGCUUUGUAGUUUUCGCCUUAGGCCAAGCCCCCAAACUACUGGAGCUACAGAGCAGGGUGCAAGGUAGAGGGUUCAUUGGUGUUGUCAAAAAAAUCCCAAAUAUCUUCAGCCUUGAAUUCCUUGUGACUCUACCCUUUGUAGCACCAUGUAGCCAGCAGGCAAGCAAGAGCACAUUAGCAAAGCAAUACUUUUUACAAGAAAUUUUAAAGUGCACCAUCUUUUUAUUUUGUAAUCCAUUAUAUAUGAAUAUGUUUCGCUGAAUAUGCAUGUCUAGAGAGGAUGAGGGAAAUUUUAAGCAGCCUUCCUGGCAAUCAUCCUCUAGAGGACCCUAGGAGAAUCACCAUGCAGACAGGUGAAACUAAGCAGACCCCACUUGGGAUCUUUGUUUAGCUGAGGUUGACAUAGAGUUCUGAAGUUCAGACAAGGGAGGCAGGAGCAUAUUGUCAUCGAUGGCCAGAUGCACAGUCUCGACUGUUGCCAAGUCAUCGAGUGGCUCCAAUUUGCACCAGGAAAAUUGGAAUUAGUCAGGAAAUUCAAUCUAGUGAAGCACACCACAUGUUUAGGCAGAUACAUGAGCUGCUCUGCAUUUGAAACAAAUGGAGAGCUUCUUCCUGGGAUCGGCUAUUGUCAUCCAGCGGCCAUACCUUCCGCCAUCACGGUAUCCAAGUCUUCGUGAUUAAGACUGAUCUGUCCCCACAUAGCCUUUAUGAGCAAACUAUGAGCCCCCAUGAGGCUUUGAGGUUUCUGGGGUUCCUGAUUGCAGAACCUGCCAGUCUGGGCUGUAGCAAGCGUGUGGGAGCCACGCCAGGCCAGCCCACCCUGGGCUGACAGCUCAUUGGACAGCUUUUUCCUAAGCUUCUGUAACCCUAGGGGCCCACAUGUGCAUGGUUCAUAAUCAGUAAUGCACGCAGGUGAUCUAUGAAUUUGUUCUUAAAAUCUCAUGAGAAAAAAAAUCCCCCUCAUAUAAAAAGAAAAGUUAUCAAAGUUGAGUUGUGAGCCUCACAUUGGAAACUCAAAAGCUUGAGUUCUCAUUUUGACCUAGGUGCCAAUUUGCUUGGUGCCCCUUAAAUGAAUCACAAACUCCUUUGAGCCUUAGUUUAAUCAUCUCUAAAAAUGGCAAUUAGCAUACAGCCUACCCCCUGGGGGGAGUUCUACAAGGAACAGCUGAUAGAAGUUUUGGAAUCCAAUUUGCGAUCCAUAAAGACUAGAGAAAUGGGGCAGCAAAUUUCUAUAUGCUGUUGUGAUUCACAAGAAAGGAUCCAAAUCCCAGAGCAGGAUGCUGACGUGUGACAGAGUAGUUCAAGGUGGAGAGAAUGGAGGAAAUAAUGAGCUAAAAAUGCUUUAAAUGUGUUUAUUUGACCGCAAAGCACAUUUUAAGAGCAAAAUCUACACUAAGAAAUGUUCUACCCCAGUGCUUUUCAAACUUUGAUGUGCAUACAAAUCGACUGAAGAUCGUGUUAGAAUGCAGAAGUGUGAAGCCGGGGGUGGG